CUUGUUUCUAAGGGAUUAGGACCAUCUAAGUCAUCCUUGAUGUUAACAGGGAAGGACCAUCCAAAUUGUCAACCUAAAAGGACAUUAAGACUUUUCAACUUUGAACAAGGAAAUGUUGGCACAGAAGCAGCUUCCAAGUGUUUUCAUAGGAUUGCCACUGAAGUCUUAGUAGGACAUGGAAACUCUCAAGGUACAGAAUUUGAUCUUCUUCUCUUCCUAUAUCAGAAGCCUAAAUGGUGGUGAUGAGAUGCAUCUGAAAAAUCUUAGAUUCUCUUCUUCACCACCAUGGCUGCUUUCUUUGCAAAAAGAAACAAUAGCCCUCCUGAUGCUACCACAGUACUGUUGCUUCUGUUUGGGCUACUAAUGAGUAGCCUAGACAUCACAGGUGCACAAACAGGUGUUUGUUAUGGAGGUCAAGCCUUAGGCAACAAUUUACCAUCUCCACAGGAAGCUGUGGAUCUUUAUAAAUCAUCAAACAUCCAUAGGAUGAGGCUUUAUGCUCCAGAUGAAGCAACUCUCGAAGUCCUUAGAGACUCCAACAUUGAACUCAUCUUGGGUGUCCCAAACGAUGACCUUCAAGGCAUAGCAAUCAACACUACCACUGCAUACAAUUGGGUACAGAGAAACAUAAAAGCCUACUCAUCUAAUGUCAAAUUCAAGUACAUUGCCGUCGGCAACGAAGUAAAUCUCACCACCAACGGCGAAGCUCAAUUUGUUCUCCCUGCAAUGCAAAACAUACAAAGUGCAAUUACAUCAUUUGGUCUACAAAACCAAAUCAAAGUGUCCACAGCAAUUGAUUCUCAACUCCUUGAUGAUAACAUUACUUAUCCUCCAUCCCAACUCGACUUCAAAGGCGAAGCGAGGUCGUUUAUAGACCCAAUUAUAAGCUUCCUUGUUAACAAUGGUGCACCAUUACUUGCUAAUGUGUAUCCUUACUUCAUUUACAAGUAUAACCAACAAGACAUUCAACUCUCCUAUGCUUUGUUUACCUCUUCAUCAGUUGUGGUUCAAGAUGGUGGAUUAGGGUACCAAAACCUUUUUGAUGCUAUGGUGGAUGCUUUCUACUCAGCUCUUGAGAAGGAUGGAGGUGGUUCUGUUGAGAUUGUUGUAUCAGAGAGUGGAUGGCCAACUGAAGGAGAUGUGGGGACUUCUGUGCAAAAUGCACAAACUUACAAUUCAAAGCUGAUUGAACAUGUGAAGAAUGGAACUCCCAAGAGGCAAGGAAGAGCUAUAGAGACUUAUAUCUUUGAAAUGUUUGAUGAGAACCUAAAGAAUCCAGAGAGGGAGAAACACUGGGGGCUUUUCUUUCCCAACAAACAACCCAAAUAUCAGUUCAGUUUCUCUUAAUUGUUAAAAGAGUGAGAGAUGGGUUCUCUAAAGAGGGUCUUCUUUCUGUGCUUUUUAAUUUUGACUCAUGUUUGUCAUAUUGUAUGUUUUCAAUAUGAACAAGCAGUGAAAUUCCCAAAAUAGAAAUAGAUAUUUCAUCACUACCACAUCCAUUAUCAUUCAAAUAGUCCUAUGUUUUCUUUGAAGGUUAUCAUGUAGACACUGGGGCAGACAAUAUGCUUGUAAAUUAUUUUUGUUUGUUUUGUGC